UGUUCUCCAUUUCUCACUGUACCGUGUAAUUCCUCCUCUGGAAUAUCUUCCCUGGUUUUCAAGAAUCACCGAUUUGAGGACUGGAGCUGGUUUAGUUGGACCAUCCUGUUUAAUCGCUGCAGAAGAGGAGCAGACCUGCGUGAACUUGCUUAGUUCCUUUCCAAAUGAUAUCCUGUGGUCUCGGGGCUUGCACUCCCUCAGACAGUGCUGUUGAGGCACCUGUGUGUGGUGGUCUCCCCUUUCUCCAGGGACGGUGCUGGGCGGAGAAGGCGAUGGAGAGCGGGAGCCCAGUGGUCCGGCCCGGGAAGGGAGCGCUCCGACGGAGGCGGCGUGAGCCCUUCUCACAGGCGGGGGGAACGAGCCCCUUUGCACUGGCCAUGAAAUCAGUCAUGUCCAGCACCUUUCGGUCCUGCCCUCGCCUCUCCCGUCGGCUCUCGCCCCGACAGCGCCGUCCGCAAGGUGGGAUGGAUUACACAGUCCCCGGCGCUGUCAGCAAUGGUGAAAUGGUGCCUGCACACCCUGGCAUGGAAACGGAGAAGGAGAAAGAGGAGGAGGAGGAGGAGGACCAGACCCUGGAGCGUGGACAAUGGAACAACAAGCUGGAGUAUGUCCUGUCUGUGGCUGGGGAGAUUAUUGGCUUGGGAAAUGUCUGGCGCUUCCCCUACCUCUGCUACAAGAACGGUGGAGGUGCCUUCUUCAUCCCCUACCUCAUCUUCCUCUUCACCUGUGGGAUCCCUGUCUUCUUCCUGGAGACAGCGCUGGGACAGUACACCAGUCAGGGAGGGGUGACGGCCUGGCGCAGGAUCUGCCCCCUCUUCGAAGGAAUUGGCUACGCCUCACAGGUCAUCGUCAUACUGCUGAACUUCUACUACAUCAUUGUCCUGGCCUGGGCCUUGUUUUAUCUCUUCAGUUCGUUCACCAUCGACCUCCCUUGGGGAAGCUGUGACCAUGAGUGGAACACAGGGAACUGCAUGGAGCUCCAGAAGGCAAACUCAACAUUCAAUGUGACCAGCGAAAAUGCCACCUCCCCUGUCAUCGAGUUCUGGGAGAGGCGAGUGCUAAAGAUCUCCGAUGGCAUCCAACACCUGGGUGGUCUCCGCUGGGAGCUGGCUCUGUGUCUCUUGCUGGCAUGGAUCAUCUGUUACUUCUGCAUUUGGAAAGGAGUCAAGUCCACAGGCAAGGUGGUGUAUUUCACAGCCACGUUCCCAUACAUCAUGCUGAUUGUUCUGCUGAUCAGGGGAGUCUCCCUGCCCGGGGCAUCCCAGGGAAUCCUCUUUUACCUUUAUCCAGACAUCAGUCGCCUUGGGGACCCCCAGGUCUGGAUGGAUGCAGGCACUCAAAUCUUCUUUUCGUAUGCAAUUUGUCUGGGAUGCCUGACGGCUCUGGGCAGCUAUAACAAAUACCAUAACAACUGCUACAGGGACUGCGUGGCCCUCUGCUUCCUCAACAGCGGCACCAGCUUCGUGGCUGGCUUCGCCAUCUUCUCCAUCCUGGGCUUCAUGGCAGAGGAGCAGGGUGUGCCCAUCGCCGAGGUGGCAGAGUCGGGGCCUGGCCUGGCAUUCAUCGCCUACCCUCGGGCUGUGGUCAUGCUGCCCUUCUCCCCGCUCUGGGCGUGCUUCUUCUUCCUGAUGGUUGUUUUGCUGGGACUGGACAGCCAGUUUGUCUGUGUGGAGAGCCUGGUCACAGCUCUUGUGGACAUGUACCCCACCAUCUUCCGCAAGAAGAACCGCCGGGAGACCCUCAUCCUGCUGGUCUCCAUCAUCUCCUAUCUGGUUGGACUGUUGAUGCUCACAGAGGGUGGGAUGUAUGUCUUCCAGCUCUUUGAUUACUAUGCUGCCAGUGGCAUGUGUCUGCUCUUUGUGGCCAUCUUCGAGACUCUCUGCAUCGCCUGGGUCUAUGGUGCUGAGCGUUUCUACGACAACAUCGAGGAUAUGAUCGGCUACCGGCCAUGGCCCAUCAUCAAAUACUGCUGGCUUUUCAUCACCCCAGCUGUCUGCAUGGCAACCUUCUUGUUUUCUUUGAUCAAAUACACCCCGCUGACUUACAACAAGAAGUACGUGUACCCGUGGUGGGGUGACACCCUGGGCUGGCUGCUGGCCCUCUCCUCCAUGGUGUGCAUCCCUCUCUGGAUCAUCUACAAACUCUCCACCAUCAAAGGCUCCCUCAGAGAGAGGUUCUGCCAACUCACCUGCCCACUUGAGGACUUACCUACCAGGCCGGGCAUGGGACAGCCCCUUCCCGCCACCAGAUCUGGCCUCCUGACGCUGACAGAGCUCGAAUCUAAUUGCUAGGACUGGUGUGGCUCUCCCUCCCCUCCCCUCCCCCAGGAUGGUUUCUAUACAGCAUUUACCACCUGUUGGAUAACACAAGGAUUCUUCACUUGCUGAGAAGAGAGGGAUUUCUGGGCUGAGCUCCCCUGGCUGGAAGAUUUGAAGGGCUGAGGAAGAGUCAGCCAUGGAGAUGGUCUGUGUGGAGUUAGCAAUGCACCUUAAUUCUCUCCCUGAAGAGGGCUUUGAAGGGGCAGAUCAAGCACCAGUGUUCCUGAGCAUCCCCAGGCUUCUGGUGGGCAGAAAGGAAGGACUGACCCUGGAAUGGAGAGUGUCAAAGAGCCUCAGAGUUAUGGCUCCAGUGUGGACUUUGGGAGCUUCUCCAUUUAUUCCAUUAAAUCCAUGUUUUUCCCCACUA